AAAUUGAAUCCCAAUUUACCUAUUCACAGCCAAUGUUCAAGCUUAAUAUUUAUGUAAAAAAAAUAAAUAUUUACGAUGAGAUUUUUUAAAAUAAAAAGAAAAAUUAGGAUGAGAUUUAUUAAUAUUGAGCAUUUUAUUGUUUGAACCGCAUGUCCCAGCUCUUUUCGAAUUGAAUCGAUGAUGGGAGACGAAGCAGCAAGUGAAGAACAUCAAAGAUCGCUAUCAGCUCCUCUCAUAUUUUUCAUUGUUCUCGCUUUUCACUUUGCUUCCCAUUGGACUGAUCAUUUCAAGAAGGGUGGAUCUGAGAAGGAAAAAGAAAUUCAGUUGCGUGCAGAAAUAAAACAACUUUUGAAGGAGGCAAACUCCUUGUCGCAGCCAUCCACCUUUGCACAAGCAGCAAAAAUCAAAAGACAGGCAGCUGCAAAGGAGAAGGAACUUGCAAAGUGUCAACAUUUACACGCCAAAGAUACAGCUUUGUAUUCGCAAGUUCUGUUCACCUCAAAGAUUUUGACAUAUUUAAUUCUGCUUAUCUGGUUUUGGAGUUCUCCUGUGGCUAGCAUAUCUCAACAACUCGUGCAACCAUUUGGAAGAUUAUUAUCUUGGAGGACUGGAGGAGUUCAAAAUAACAAUAUUAUGGUUGGCAUUAUACCUUGGCUAGCAGUAUCUUCCCGUGUUAGCAGAUUUAUUUGUAAACUCACGUAUAGCAAAUAGAUUCUCAUGAUCUUCAUCUAGAAUGACUGAUUGGUAGCUGCUUGGACUGGUAUCCUGGAUUUAAAAUGGGAAGAACAGGACGUUACUAGGUUUGUACAUCCUGAAAUUUGUUCCCCCUGCUUGUUAUAUGAUCGUGCAUAUCUUCUGGGGGAUGUGCUUUCUUUUACUUUUUCUUGAAAUUAUUGUGUGCUUAGAAAGAAAAUUUGUCUUUAACUAAGGAGAUUUGUCUUUUAAUGCCUUUGGAUUAGUCUUAUUUAUUUAUUUUGUGGUGUUUAGUUAAUAGGUUUGUAAUUUUAAUUGAUGUUUUUUGUUCUUAUUUAUUAGGGUUUAUGUGAAAUCGUUACAAAAGAUUGGGAUUUGGUUCUAUUGCAUCCAAAAAGGGGGAAGUAGUUCUAAUUUCAAUUUCAAUUUAGUGUUGUAUAGCAAGUAUCACGAGGUUACUUCUAUAUGUACUGGCACGAUAUGAUAAAUCAUAGGAUACAAACUUAUUUAAA